GCAGCCUACAGAGAGAACACAGUCGGCCUGAACAGGUUCUGCCCAGUGGAAAACACUGACAAAAUAGACCGAGGGGUCCUGCACUCGUACCUGAGGAACUACUACACACCAGACAGGAUGGUGCUGGCAGGGGUGGGCAUCGAGCACGAGCAGCUGGUGGAGUGUGCCAGGAAACAUCUGCUGGGAGUGGAGCCGGUGUGGGGCAGUGGGCAGAGCAGGGACGUGGACAGAUCUGUGGCUCAGUACACCGGGGGCAUUGUCAAGGUUGAAAAGGAUAUGUCAGAUGUGAGUUUGGGCCCUACUCCCAUCCCAGAGCUCACCCACAUCAUGAUUGGGUUAGAAAGCUGCUCGUUUUUAGAGGAAGAUUUCAUUCCCUUUGCAGUAUUAAACAUGAUGAUGGGAGGCGGUGGCUCUUUCUCAGCAGGAGGCCCUGGCAAGGGCAUGUUCACCCGACUGUACCUCAAUGUGCUCAACAGGCACCACUGGAUGUAUAAUGCAACCUCUUACCACCACAGCUACGAGGAUACGGGUCUCCUGUGUAUACAUGCCAGUGCAGAUCCAAAACAGGUUCGGGAGAUGGUGGAAAUCAUCACAAGAGAAUUCAUCCUCAUGGCAGGAGCAGUCGGAGAGGUAGAGCUCGAGCGAGCGAAGACGCAGCUGAAGUCCAUGCUCAUGAUGAACCUGGAGUCUCGGCCGGUGAUCUUUGAAGACGUGGGAAGGCAAGUGUUGGCAACCAACACAAGGAAGCUACCUCAUGAGCUCUGUGCCCUCAUCAGCCAGGUGAAAUCUGCUGAUAUCAAGAGAGUCGUCACGAAGAUGCUUCAUAAAAAGCCAGCUGUGGCUGCCCUGGGUGACUUGUCAGACCUGCCCACCUACGAGCACAUCCAGACAGCACUUUCCAGCAGGGACGGGCGCCUGCCCCGCGUGUAC